AUGCAAGACGAUCAGAAGACUUUUGACCAGUCACAAUCGCCAUUCAUCAGUAGGCUUCCUCUGGAGAUACGGCGCAUGAUAUACCUUGAGAUGCUAGGUGGUGUCACUGUAAGGCUCAGAACAGCCGAUGGAAAGCCUGUAGCUCAGCGCUACCUGUGCGACAGCGAUCUCAAGGAGCCACUGUAUCCACGCCGGGUCGAGCUCGAGCUCGCACUCGCUGUGUUGAGGACUUGUCGCCAGAUAUACUCUGAAGCGAUUGAGUACCUGUAUGCCUCCAACACCUUCUCCUUGGCUACUUGGGAUGAUGACUACCCAACCAUCGACUACAUGUCCUACUAUUUCCUGCCACAGCGACUGAUUCAAGUCCAAGACUUACGUAUCGACUGGGAAUUAGACAGCUUCUACUUCAGUCGCCACGACGGGAUCACCGCGGACCAGCUCCAGUUCGCAGCGUGGAAGAACUCUUGGGCCGCCCUACCAGUCAUGACAGGUCUUCGGAAGCUGCAUGUCACCAUCUGGUUUAGAUGGCGCGACAUGAUCGAUUGCUACGAGGAGAUUUGGGAGCCCAACGAGAGAGCACUACUGGAGCCUGUUGGAUCGGUCACAGCGCCGAGGAGUUUCGUCCUUGUGUUGCCAGAUCGCAGAUGCUCAAUUGAUAUCGACAUGGGAGACUCAGCAUGUGUUCUCGAGCUACCGAAAUAG